CUCCUUAUAUCCAAUCUCAAUCUCUCUUCUUUUAGUUCUUUUAGUCUCCUUGUCCUGUUGCUCAGAGUCUGUCCCAGCUCUAUGGGUUUUUUUGUGCCAUGGGGGUCAUUUCCAUGUAUCUUUCGUCACAGUAGUUGAACCUUUAGGUAAGGCAAAGGCUGAGUUCAGCCCUGGGUUGUAUGGUGGUACUAUUGGUUCACUAAGUGGCUGCAUGGGGCUCUGAGCACUGAUGGAACUGCGGGUGUCCCUGUUCCUUCCAGUUAGUCGGACCCCAUAGCCUUGAAGGGUCCAUUCCAACUCAGGUGAUCCCAUAAUUCCAAAUACCUUGGACACAGUAUGGUAGGAUGGAUGUGGGAUUCUUAGAACCGUGAUAGACCUUCUCACCAAAAAGUGAGCUUGGAGAUUUGCCAUGCUUCUUGCUGCCUCCCUCAACAGAGGGCUUGUAUUCAAAAGGAGCUAACUCUUCUCUCACCCUAAGCAUGAUGCUGUCACGGUAAAGAGCACAGAGAAAAGCCUCAGUGUCACUUUUUGCAAGGCCCUCGGGCUCAUGGCAAACCAAAUGCUGCAAAUGGCCACUGUACAUCAGUUUUUACUCAUUUAAAGAGAGCAGAUGUUUAUCUUUGGAGGAGAAAAGCUGGCAGAGCAACAGCUCCUGAGUGACACGUUUUUUCUUGUUCCCCCCCACCUAAUUUAUCUGAAGGGAGAAGGGCUGUGGGGCACCUGAAGCUUUCUGUUGUGCAUACCUCCCAUGGGAUGGGAGAACAAUUCCAAUCAUAGACCUUAAUCUUAACCCAACCUUGCAGUGAUGCGUGAAGGAAAGCAACUUUAAAAGAUUUAUGCUCUGAGUCUCACUAUUAAAGCCUGAUGUCCUGGUUCAACUCCUGCUGACUUGGGUGAGAAUUGCAGUUAUUUAAGACGACCUUAAUCUUCCAUUGAAUUCUUUCUCUAAGUGACCAAUAUACAUAUUUUCAGUAGAAUUUUGUGGGUUUUUUUUUUUUUUUUUUCCUGUCUUUAGCACAUUUGGUGGCUCAGCAAGUGGUAUCUCUGUACUUUGAGACCUUUCCAUAGCAACAGAUUUUUACAUCAGUCUUUGGUGACUUCAGUGUGGUUUCACAUGCGUAAAGAAUGUCAGAUGCCAGAUGCAGUUCCUGUUUAAGCUGCUUUGUUUGACAGCUUCAGUUUGAAGAUUGAAGAAGAAAUGGUGUAGAAAUGUGAGCUAGGAUUAAAAAACAGGGAUAAAUCUCUUUGUUUUGGAUGACUGUGUUGAGUGGAACUGAAAGUUAUACGAAUGGCUGAAUAUUUAUCUAUCUAUCUAUCUAUCUAUCUAUCUAUCUAUCUAUCUAUCUAUCUAUCAUAAGCUUGUUUUAUUUCUAGUAUUGAAGUUCUUAAAUUUAAUUACAGAUGAAGUCCAUGGAUACAAGCUGUAAGGCAGGAGGUAAUAGAAAUAACUUCUGCUCUAAUUAGCAUUGAGCACUUAGAGAAUGCUUUUCACUGUCAUAUGCCAUGAUUUCUGAUCUUGGCCUUCCUCACCCAUGUUCUCAUCCCCUUUAGUUCUGAAGAAGUCUGAAUUCCCAUCGUGACUCAGGCUCAGCUCUGGCACAGAUACUGGGCUCUCAGUUGUGAUUGACCUCCAUAUGUAGGCUUUCACUUGUGCUGUUCCACUGCAGCUGCAGCCCUGAAAGCCACGAGGCAGUGAUGUAGUCUGCUAAUUUAUCUCCCAGUGGGUAGGAUAGUGGGAAUCUUGGAAGCAAUUGUGUAGACAUAUUUAGAAGAGUCAGCACUGACUUCUUAGGUGGAUGGAGGCUGCUUUUAGUCCUCUCUUCUUAGUGACGAAUCUUGUUUCAUGGAAGUCUGUAGUGCAGAUGGGAAAGCGAUGCAAACAAUGCAGCAGCUGUGGAGAGAGGAUCUUGAGUAAUUUGGAUGGCUUUUUGGAUGUAACUUCUCAGUUAUUGCUAAUAUACAGGCAUUGCAAAAAUCUUUCCAGUGAGUUGUGCAGUCAAGGGCAAGCCCAGAAGUAACCCCUUGCUACUUUGGGCCAUCUCUCAUCUUUCUUGUGCUGGUGUCCCAGCACCAAGAUGUGUUGCCUAAUCUGACUGAUUUGCAUUGCAAUAGAGAUGCUUACUAACGUUUGUGUCCCUGCUGCUAGAUGGAUAAAACAUUUCACCUUCCAAUUGCACCUGUCAAAUUAAAUGAAGUCUUUCAAAUCCCAUAAGCCAGCAGUAGGUUAGAUAUUAGGAAGAGGUGCUUCUCCAAAAGAGUGGUCAGGCACUGGCAUGGCUGCCCAGGGAGGUGGAAGGGGUCAAGAACUAUGGAGAUGUGGCACUAAAGGGAUGUGGCUUAGUGGGCAAUGCUGGUGGUAGGUGGAUGGUUGGACUGGAUGGUUUUAGAGGUCUUUUCCAACCUUAAUGAUUUGAUGAUGGUGAAUCACUGAGUCCUUUUGGUUUUCCCAUAAUGGUCUUUAAGGUAAGUUGGCAAGAAAUUGUCAACUGCACGCCAUUGAGAGCCACAGCUCAGCAGAUAAACUUUCAGAGUUGUUAUCAGUCAGCAGAAAUAUCCUUUCAAGCACAGGUUAAGAGGAACAGAUGUGACCCAUUGACCAGCAGUUUUUCCUGUGCCUCUAACACUCCGGACAGUAAUUGCAGCAGAGAACACAGAGGAUGUGAUAACAACAUUUUUUUUGCUGGGAAGCCUCACCAGCAGGAUAAUUUGUGAUGUGGUUUGGUGCAUUUCCUUCUCUCUUUUUUUUUUUUUCUAUGUGUUUUCAGUGAAAUUUUCCUCUUUAAAAAGGCUCUUAAGUAUGUGCAUGAAUGAAGUUUAUCAUAGCGACGGCAAAAAUACAACUUUGAUCUUUCUUUAAUAAGCGAAAGGACAUGAAAUAGUUUGGAUAGCAGAGCCCUUUCCCUGCCCUUCAGCAGAAUACAUUAUCAGCUCAUAUUUGCAAAUAGCAUUGUACCUCUACUACUCAUUGCCUAUUAUCAACUUCAGCAUUAACAGUCAUCAGCAAGCCUAGAAGGUAUUGAAAAGCCUAAUUUUUUUGGUUAUCUCAUUGAUAAUGUUGAAGCCAACCUCAUGGUUCUGCUUCAAAGUCUUCAAUCCUUGUGCCAAAGCCCCUUUAUUAAUUCAGUUUUCUUCGCUGGAAGCUGCAUUUCAAGAUGCUGCAUAAAAAAAUGUUGGGUUCCCAUUAAGCAGUUGUUGAGAGUGCCAAGCAUUAAGUCUACUAAUGUGAAAACACAAUAGGUAAUCAACAUGUUUCUUUCAGUAAGGAGGAAGGAUGUUUUCAUUACCAGCCUCUGGAGGGCUUGUUCCUGUUCAAAUUUCUCUUUUUCAUCAUAUUUUUUAAGUACUUCUCUAGGCAUGUGUAGGUUGUACAUGGAACAAUCUCCUCAGCUCUGUAUGCUUUGAACAGCUCCUUUCUGCUCCAGUAGGAAACUCCUACAUUUAUGCCACCUAACAUUUGCUUCUUUUAUCUUGGCCAGUGAGUGCGUAUUUCCUUUUGCAAAGGAGGUCCUCAGGUAUUUUAGAAUCAUAGAAAAUGCAGCUCCCCACAGUCCCAAAGGUAAGAAUGGAAGUUUUCCUCUGGUAUUUUCUCAAAGGUAUUUUCUCGUGCUGAGUCAUGAGAAAAAGGUCAAUCCUUCGCUGACCUUUAAGAGUUUGUCUCUUUGAUUACACUGAAGGGCCAGGAUGGAUUGCUGACUAAUGAUUUUCCUUUCAUUUCUCCUAGAAUUAUUCACUGCCUCUGCACAAUGCAGAGACCCCGGCACUGAAUUCUAUGAAGAAAGACUUAAGAAAUGUUGCAGCAAGUGCCCUCCAGGUAGUCAACGUAAGGCAGAGAGCUGCAGUCGCAGCAUGGACACAAAGUGCAUCCCUUGUUUACCUGACACCAUUACAGCCACCUGGAAUUGGUCUCCUCAGUGCUUUGCUUCCUCUCCACCCUGCAGGAAAGGAUUUGUAGAGCAUCAAAUGUGCAUGCUAUCACAGGAUGGGACUUGCAGCUGCUCACCCAACAAGUACUGCAUUUCAAAAUGUAAAGUGCAUAAAAAAUGUGGGAAAGGUUACCGAGUCUCCAGAAGAGGAACAGACAGCACAGACACAGAAUGUAAGCCCUGUCCCUCAUAAGAUUCAGAUGAGGAAUCUUAUGAUACCAGCUGCACACCACAUACAGUUUGUAAAUCAGUGGCUGUUGCAGGAAACAGCAUGAAUGACACUGUUUGCCAUGACUCAGUUGCCACAGCUCUACCUCACACUGUUAUAAACCUCCUCCCGAGCCAAAGCUCAACUUCCAACAAUGGUGAAGUAGUAACACAGCCUGUCAUUCUGAACUCUGUGCCUGACAUCUCCUACAUCAUUGGAUCAGUAACAGGGCCAUUGCUAUUGGUCCUGGUAAUAAUUAAUAAUAAUUUAAUUGCUGUUUUGGAGUAUUGUUUAUUCUCCAAAAAAAAAGCCCUUGCAUACUCACAACCAACUGAAGCAGUGGAUUCGCCUUUUUCCCCUACAGAGAAGCAGUGUGCAAUUCUGCAUUUCUUACUUUUUUGUCAAAACUCCAGCAGUUCUGAACAGGAGGAGCAGCAUCUCUUGGGACUCCUGGAAACUCCUGGCUCAAGCAGCAGCUCCCUGGAUAACCCAGCUGGAUCUGCAAGAGACAGUGUCAUAAAUAACAAAGAUAGUGCUAAGAGUUUCCAACAACAUUAUGCAGCUGCAGAAGGGUGUAAGCUUCACUGUGGAGACAGGCACAGCUCUGCAAGUUCAGAUAAGAAACUCUCAGGUAAUGGAGGAACACAGGUGAAUGUGACUUUUGUUGUUAAAAUAUGUAAUCCGGAUUGUGGCUUCCAGUUUCCAAAACAGACUGGUACAGCUAGCAUGGAUUGUGGAAGUGCUCAGUGUUCUCCAACAGGGGGAGAAGCUCCCCUUUCAAAAGAAGAAAACCCCUUGAAAAAAGAAACUGAAAUUCAGAUAUUGGUGGAAGCCAAGGACAAUUUACUUCGGGAUUUACUUCCAGAUGCAAAGAAGUCUCCUCUGGGUGUUCAAGAUAUGGGGAUGAAAACUGUUUAAAGGAAAUGACAGAUGUUAUACUAAUUGACUGAUAAUCAGAUCAGCCCUUAUGUUCACAACCAAACGUGUUAAAUGUAGAGUUUCUGCAGAUUUGAAAUCUCAGAAGAAUUUAUUUUUUGAGGUUCUUAAUCUCUUCUUCAUCAGCUUUGAGAGUCAAAAGAUGAGUUUUGCAAUUUUGAAUGAGUUACUAUUUUUUAAUGCUUACCGAUCUCACAUAAUGAACUCUCUCUUGAAGGUUGUGUAGAGUAUCUAUAAAAACUGGAAGUGUCUCAGACCUCAGAACCAGAAAAUCCUGUUCACUUGUUGCUCAGUGCUGAGAUCCAUCCACCCACUUCUUAUAGAAAAUCAGUAGAACAGCAUCUAAUCUACAAAUGCAGAUGAGAAUCAGGCUUUUAGAACACAUACUUUAAACUUGCAUAUAACCUUAGAGGUUUAUUAUUACUUCUAGAACGGAGAACUGGCAAAUAGGUCUUUCGUCCUACUAUGAAGGAACUUUUUACAACUUCAUGUUAAACUUGAUGGUCAUUUGAUUUUGUAUAAUGCCCUUUUCUGUGGUACUGAGUAUUUUACUGUCUUACCCAACAGCUCCCAGUGCUGGGAGCACAUUGGAAGAGCAAUGUCAGAGUUUUGAAGAAGUUUUAGAUUACAUUAUGACAGUUAAAAUUCUGGGUUUUCAGAGUAUGGAGCAAUGUGAGAGAAGGGAAAUUCAAUUCUUAUGUUGAAGUAUGAAAAAUGUGUUUGUAUUUGUUAAGAAAAAGUAGUGUCUUUGUACUUACAUCUUUGUUUUCUACCUUCCUACUGAACCCAAAUUCUGCUUUUUAGAAUGGCUUGUUUCUUUCUACUGCCUAAACCAUUGCUUUUAAAGUCAAAAUUUUAUUUCAUAGUACUUAAUUAAAAGAGGAUUGAUGGCCAACUCAUCUCCUGUUGCCUACAGCCAGGCCCUGUUAGCAAGGACACUAUCAGCAACCAUUACUCUUAGAAUGAUGGCUUCAGUGGACAAAGGAAGAGCAACUGAUGUUGUCUACCUAGACUUAUGCAAUGCUUCUGACAUGGUCCCACACCACAUACUUAUCUCUAACUUGGAGAGAUAAGGGUUCAAAGGGUGGACUAUUCUGUGGAUAAGGAAUUGGUUGGAUGGUUGCAGCCAGAGGGUUGUGGUCAAUGUCUCUAGGUGCAGGUGGAAGCUGGUGAUGAGUGGUGUCCCUCAGGGGUCCAUCCUGGGACUGGUGGUCUUUACUAUCUUUAUCAAUGACAUAGGUGAUAGGAUGCAGGUUUGCAGAUGACCCUAAGCUGAGUGCUGCAGUUGACACUAUAAAAGAGAUCCAUCCAAAGAGGCCUGGGCAGGCUUGAAAAAUGGGCCCACGAGAACCUAAUGAGGCUCAACAAGUCCAUGUGCAAGGUGUUGCACUUGGGUUGGGGCAGUCCCAGGUCU